UUAGCGGCGCUGUGUGUGGUUUGCUGGCCGGCUGGAGCUGUAGAGUCGAUUUGCUCCGCCCCUUUCCCGUUGCUCGCUUGCUCUGUGUUGGGGAAUGAAACCUCCCAUCGCAAGCUAGGCCUCAUUGAGAAGGGGGUUGGCUUCUUUUUCUUCCCCUGCCUUCUCCCUUGAGGUUCCCUCUCAUUUCCUGGGGUCCAGAAUCCCCCUUUCCACUGCUUUGCCUGACCAGCACUGUGUAAAUUAAGGCUGCUCUUUGGCGUUUAUUGCACUCGCUUAGGGAUCGUUUCUCAGAAUCAAGGAGUUAGAAGUAAGCUUUCAGAUAAGUGAGCCCCCCCCAAAGUGCCGCUUUUGGACUCGGAAGGGGAAAAUGGAGCUGUCAGGAAUGAAAAAGAAGAGUUUGCUAGGAAUCAAAGAAAAUAAUAAAAAGUCCAGCACUAGGGCUCCGUCUCCGACCAAGCGCAAGGACCGCACAGAAGAAAAAUCCAAGGACAGGUCGAAGGACAAGCCAGCCGCAAAGGAGUCGAGCGAAAAGGACCGCGGGCGUGAUAAAACGCGCAAAAGGCGCAGCGCCUCCAGUGGCAGCAGUAGCACCAGGUCUCGGUCCAGUUCCACAUCCAGUUCAGGUUCCAGCUCCAGCACUGGCUCCAGCAGCGGCUCCAGUUCCUCCUCCGCGUCGAGCCGUUCCGGGAGUUCCAGCACAUCUCGCAGCUCCAGCUCCAGCAGCUCCUCAGGCUCUCCGAGCCCAUCUCGCCAUCGGCACGACAACAGGAGGCGUUCCCGUUCAAAGUCUAAACCGCCCAAGAGAGAUGAAAAGGAACGGAGGAAGAGGAGUCCGUCACCCAAACCUACUAAAGUGCAUGUUGGGAGACUCACCAGAAAUGUGACUAAGGAUCAUAUCAUGGAAAUAUUUUCCACUUACGGAAAGAUCAAAAUGAUUGACAUGCCUGUUGACAGGCUGAAUCCACACCUCUCCAAGGGUUAUGCUUAUGUAGAAUUUGAGAAUCCAGAUGAUGCUGAGAAGGCAUUGAAGCACAUGGAUGGAGGGCAGAUUGAUGGCCAGGAGAUCACCGCCACAGCUGUCUUGACUCCUCGGCCCAGGCUGCCUCCCAGGCGUUUCUCCCCUCCAAGGAGGAUGUUGCCACCGCCGCCCAUGUGGCGUCGCUCACCGCCUCGCAUGAGGAGAAGGUCCAGGUCUCCCAGGCGCAGAUCCCCAGUGCGCAGGCGAUCCAGAUCCAGAUCUCCAGGCCGGAGGCGUCAUCGCAGCCGCUCCAGUUCCAACUCUUCCCGAUAAAGCAUGGGACUUGGCAGCUUCUUGUGUUCUGUUUUUUAAACUCAAAAGUGCAUCCAGUUAAAAAUCAUAACUUUAAAAAAAAAUACAGGAAUGGGAAUGGAACAAGGGGAAAGCUGAGAAUCUGAAAACUAGCCAAUCAUCUUGGACCUAGCAGGGUGUGAGCUGUGGGGUUAAUGUCUUUCUAUUGAAUGAAAUUGUUUUUUAAAGGGAGCUUUGGUUCUGAAGUUCUCAAGAAGAUACUUUGUUCAUUAGAUACAGUAUUGUCAUCAAGAGUCCAGUGAGCUCUCGUUUUUAGGACACGUCAAAAAUGAAGCUGAUACUGUCGCAAGUAAGAAAUGACACGGUGCAAGAAAAGGGUGUGGGGCUUAUAUUAAACCCUCAGCAAAUUGCAAUACAGAUUCUGUCCCCCCCCCCCCCGUUGCCCUGGUUAGUUGUUGCCUAUAGGGAUGUUGGCACAGACACGGAAAAUAUUUUAAUUCCAUAUUUCUUGCUACUGGUGCAUUCAAACCAGUCUUAAGAACUUGGGGGGAAACACUAGUUUUCUUUUUAAGGCCUCCCUUCCUUUGCCAAAGUGCAUUUGGUACAUUGUUUACAUACCCCAUUCCUUCCAGGACCGAUGUAAAUGCUUUCACUUUUAGAAGAUGUGAAACAAAUUGGCAGGAAAGCCAUUUUGUGCGCGCGCACACACACACACAAACCCUUCCUCUAGGGGUAUUCUGAGACCAAUUGGGGUAACUAAAGUUCAGUUUGCAAAAGGCCAAGAGAUUUGCAACCUGUUGUACAGUCAGUACUAUAAAGUUUGAUUUUUGUAUAACUUUGUAGCUUCUUGUAGUCAUGUUGUGUUUGUACCUGUGUGGAAUGACAAGAUUUAAUAAACCAGUAAGGUUUAGAGUA